GCGCCCGUGUCUCGGGCCGUCAGGACGCGGAGUCCCCUCGGACAGACGCGCAGCCAGGAAGGACCUCAGGGCACACAACGGCUGCCAAGAUGUUCCGGUGCCCCUUCUCCAUGGUCCUGCUGGGCGGGCUCCUGGGGACCCUGUACACCCAGCAGCAGCAGCUCGUCUCACCUGAUGCCUCCAUCGUGGACAGGAACAACAACUGCCCAGAGAAGGCCGACUGCCCUGUCAACGUGUACUUUGUACUGGACACCUCGGAGAGCGUGACCAUGCAGUCCCCCACGGACAGCCUGCUGUACCACAUGCAGCAGUUUGUACCGCAGUUCAUCAGCCAGCUGCAGAAUGAGUUCUACUUGGACCAGGUGGCCCUGAGCUGGCGCUACGGCGGCCUGCACUUCUCGGACCAGGUGGAGGUGUUCAGCCCUCCGGGCAGUGACCGGGCCUCCUUCACCAAGAGCCUGCAGAACAUCCGCUCCUUCCGCCGUGGCACCUUCACCGACUGCGCACUGGCCAACAUGACGCAGGAGAUCCGGCAGCAUGUGGGCCGUGGAGUGGUCAACUUCUCUGUGGUCAUCACCGACGGCCACGUCACCGGCAGCCCGUGCGGGGGCAUCAAGCUGCAGGCCGAGCGGGCCCGCGAGGAGGGCAUCCGGCUCUUUGCUGUGGCCCCCAACCGGAACCUGAACGAGCAGGGCCUGCGUGAGAUCGCCAACACCCCACAUGAGCUCUACCGAAGCAACUAUGCCACCAUGAAGUCAGGCUCCACCGAGAUCGACCAGGACACCAUCAACCGUAUCAUCAAGGUCAUGAAACACGAAGCCUAUGGGGAGUGCUACAAGGUGAGCUGCCUGGAGAUCACCGGCCCCUCCGGCCCCAAGGGCUAUCGUGGACAGAAGGGUGCCAAGGGCAACAUGGGAGAGCCAGGAGAGCCCGGACAGAAGGGGCGACAGGGAGAUCCAGGCAUCGAAGGCCCCAUUGGAUUCCCAGGACCCAAGGGUGUUCCUGGCUUCAAAGGAGAGAAGGGUGAAUUUGGAGCCGACGGUCGGAAGGGAGCUCCUGGCCUGGCCGGCAAGAAUGGAACUGAUGGACAGAAGGGCAAACUGGGCCGCAUUGGGCCUCCUGGCUGCAAGGGAGACCCUGGAAGCCGGGGACCCGACGGGUACCCAGGGGAAGCUGGAAGCCCAGGCGAGCGAGGAGACCAAGGUGCCAAGGGAGAUUCUGGCCGCCCAGGACGCAGGGGACCCCCAGGAGAACCCGGGGAUAAAGGAAGCAAGGGAUAUCAAGGCAACAAUGGAGCCCCAGGAAGUCCAGGCGUGAAAGGAGCCAAGGGUGGGCCUGGGCCCCGAGGACCCAAAGGCGAGCCUGGGCGCAGGGGAGACCCUGGAACUAAGGGCAGUCCAGGCAGUGAUGGCUCCAAGGGGGAGAAGGGAGACCCUGGCCCUGAGGGGCCCAGGGGCCUGGCUGGAGAGGUCGGCAACAAAGGAGCCAAGGGAGACCGAGGAUUGCCUGGACCCAGAGGCCCCCAGGGGGGUCUGGGGGAACCCGGGAAGCAGGGAUCUCGGGGAGACCCUGGUGAUGCUGGACCCCGUGGAGACUCAGGACAGCCAGGUCCCAAGGGAGACCCCGGCAGGCCUGGAUUCAGCUACCCAGGACCCCGAGGGACACCGGGAGAAAAAGGCGAGCCUGGCCCCCAAGGCCCCGAGGGUGGCCGAGGAGACUUUGGCCUGAAAGGAGCACCCGGGAGGAAAGGAGAGAAGGGAGAGCCUGCCGACCCUGGUCCCCCUGGUGAGCCCGGCUCUCGGGGGCCAAGAGGAGUCCCAGGACCUGAGGGUGAGCCCGGACCCCCUGGAGACCCCGGCCUCACGGAAUGCGAUGUCAUGACCUACGUGAGGGAGACCUGCGGCUGCUGCGAUUGUGAAAAGCGCUGUGGUGCCCUGGACGUGGUUUUUGUCAUAGACAGCUCUGAGAGCAUUGGCUACACCAACUUCACCCUGGAGAAGAACUUUGUCAUCAAUGUGGUCAACAGGCUGGGGACCAUCGCCAGGGACCCCAAGUCAGAGACGGGGAUCCGCGUGGGCGUGGUGCAGUACAGCCACGAGGGCACCUUCGAGGCCAUCCAGCUGGACGACGAGCGCAUCGACUCCCUGUCCAGCUUCAAGGAGGCCGUGAAGAACCUGGAGUGGAUUGCUGGCGGCACCUGGACGCCCUCUGCCCUCAAGUUUGCCUACAACAAGCUCAUCAAGGAGAGCCGGCGCCAGAAGACCCGCGUGUUUGCGGUGGUCAUCACAGACGGACGCCACGACCCACGUGACGAUGACCUCAACCUGCGGGCGCUGUGCGAUCGCGAUGUCACAGUGACGGCCAUCGGCAUUGGUGACAUGUUCCACAAGAAGCACGAGAGCGAGAACCUCUAUUCCAUCGCCUGCGACAAGCCACAGCAGGUGCGCAAUAUGACCCUGUUCUCUGACCUGGUGGCUGAGAAGUUCAUUGACGACAUGGAAGAUGUCCUCUGCCCAGACCCCCAGAUCGUGUGUCCAGAGCUUCCCUGCCAAACAGAGCUGUACGUGGCCCAGUGCACACAGCGGCCCGUGGACAUCGUCUUCCUGCUGGACGGCUCCGAGCGGCUGGGCGAGCAGAACUUCCACAAGGCGCGGCGCUUCGUGGAGGAGGUGUCACGUCGCCUGACACUGGCACGCAGGGAUGACGACCCUCUCAACGCCCGCGUGGCCCUGCUGCAGUAUGGCGGCCAGCGCGAGCAGCAGGUGGCCUUUCCGCUGACCUCCAACCUGACGGUCAUCCACGAGGCGCUGGAGAGCGCCACCUACCUCAACUCCUUCUCACACGUGGGCGCGGGCAUCGUGCACGCCAUCAACGAUGUGGUGCGUAGCUCACGCGGUGGGGCUCGGCGCCACGCCGAGCUGUCCUUCGUGUUCCUCACCGACGGCGUCACAGGCAACGACAGCCUGGAAGAGUCAGUGCACUCAAUGCGCAAGCAGAACGUGGUGCCCACUGUAGUGGCCGUGGGCAGCGACGUGGACAUGGACGUGCUCACCAAGAUCAGCCUGGGUGACAGGGCAGCCAUCUUCCGCGAGAAGGACUUCGAUAGUCUGGCCCAGCCCAGCUUCUUCGACAGGUUCAUCCGCUGGAUCUGUUAGCCCGGCUGGUGUGCCUGCCCUGCCCAUGUUUCACCUCUUGUGGUGCUAAUCAGACCCCAGUCCCACCAGUCCCAGCCAGACUGCACACUCAGGUGCAGUCUUCCCACUACCAGGAGCCUCCUUUCCCAAGGAGGUCAGGACUGGAGGACCCCAAGCCCCAGACCCCCUACCCACCUCUAGCUCACCUGGGUGCCCCUCCUGCCUUUCCAUCCUGCCCCCACCAUGCUCAAUAGUCCUGGAGGGGUGGCAGGGACAGUGCUCUCUCCCCUGCUCUCUCUGCCCCUCAGCCUCCUGCCUCCUCCCCCCGCACCCUACAACACCUUCCCAAGGCCUUCUGCCAGCCUUUGCUAGUCCUGCCUAGAUCCUGGUACUCCCUGCCCUCCCCUGAGUUCAUGAGAGCAGGCCUGAGAACCCUGUGUCAUACACCCGACAGCCCAAUAAAGGCUUU